AUGUCUACACCAUCAAAUCCUCACAACGGUUGGGCAAAAACGGCAGACGAAGAAGAUCGCGUUGAAAAAUUGAUUAGGUUAGUUUUUCCAACAUCAAUUAUUUAUAAAUAUGUUUUUUCAUAGAAGUUCCGGCUGCUGGGAUAAUCAUAUAAGUGUUGUUGAUUGUAUGGGAGAUAACGGUGAUUGGAGAAAGUGUCAAACCGAACUUCAAUCAUUCAAAGAGUGUAUGCAAAAGAAUUUCCACAACGUUCGCAAGCAACAAGCUCACGUUGAAGCUCAACAAAAGAAAAAUUAA